AUGGCCCACGCACUCAUCGCGCGACGCCAGCUCGCCUCCGCUGCCACCAGCAGAGCUAGCAUCCUCGGCCUGGUCCAACAGCGAAGCUACGCGACACCCCAUGGACCUCCUCCUGCCAACUUCCGAACGAGCAAGCCUGUGCAGUGGACCUGGGACAGGGACAGCACCCUCGAUCGCAUGGGAAAGUUUUUCCUCAUGACAGAGAUGGCGAGGGGCAUGUAUGUCCUGCUUGAGCAGUUCUUCCGACCACCGGCCCUAUUUCCCCUCGAUUCCGUGGCGAGCACGCCCUUCGACGAUACCCCUCCGGUGAAGAACGAUGCAUUGCUUGCAAGCUUUGCGAGGCUGUACGACACCACAUCUCUCAAGAGCAGCCAGGUUGCUGACAUCAAUGAACAGAUCUGCCCCGCCCAGGCCAUUACCAUCGAGGCUGAGGAGCGAGCUGACGGAUCCCGCCGAACAACCAAGUACGACAUCGACAUGACCAAGUGCAUUUACUGCGGUUUCUGCCAGGAGUCCUGCCCCGUUGACGCUAUCGUUGAGUCACCCAACGCCGAGUACGCCACCGAGACCCGAGAAGAGCUUCUUUACAACAAGGAGAAGCUUCUCUCCAACGGCGACAAGUGGGAGCCUGAGCUUGCAGCUGCUAUCCGCGCUGACUCACCAUACCGAUAA